AUGAAUAAGAGUCAAAAUACGAGAUCUACUAGCAGUUCAAGUCAAAGUAGUGGAUUUGCACCUAUAUGUUCUGAAUGUGGGAGAAGACACAAAGGUGUCUAUUACCGUGCAACUGGUACUUGUUUCCGAUAUGGCAAAACUGGCCACGUGGUGAAAGAUUGUCAAUUCAUAUAUGAAAAUACCAAUCGUCUUGCGGCAAGUUUGGCCGGAUCCACUUCUGUACCAAGAUCAAAUGUGAGAACCAAUAAUGGGAAAGAAACUCUAAGGCAAGGUAGAGUUUUUGCACUUGUGCCUGGCGAUGUGCAAAAUACCAAAUCUAUGGUGUCAGGUACACUCCCUAUUUGUGCUCAGAGUGCAUAUGUUUUGAUCGAUUCUGGUUCUACACAUUCCUUUGUGUCAUAUGUUUUUUCUCGAAAAUUGACUAAACCAGUAGAGCCUAUGAAUUAUGUGUUAUCUGUAUCUACUCCAUCUGGGGAUUCUAUGCUGUGUGCUUAUGUGUAUCUGGCAUGCGAUGUUAUGAUUGGUGAUAUGCUAUUGUAUGUUGACUUGAUGCCUGCAGCUAUUGAUCAUUUUGAUUGCAUAUUGGGUAUGGAUUGGUUGACAAUACACCAUGCUAGGAUUAAUUGUGUUGCUAAAUCUAUUGUAUUUCGGCCACCUGAUUUGCCUGAAUUUGUGUUUUGUGGAAAUGGUGCGGUUCCUCUCUCAUAUUUGAUUUCUACUAUGAAAGCCAACAGAUUGCAUAGAAAGGGAUGUUGGGGUUAUUUGUGUUGUGUAUUUGUUGUGAAUAGGGAUAGUGCUAAUAUAGGGAAUAUCCCGAUUGUCAAUGAAUUUCCUGAUGUGUUUCCUAAUGAAUUACCCGGGGACCUAAUUGAUAGAGAAAUUGAAUUCACUAUUGAUGUAGUACCUAGAACACAACCAAUUUCUAAGACCCCUUACAGAAUGUCAAUCUCUAAAUUGAAAGAACUGAAAAUUUAA